AUGACAGAGGAAAGAGAGUGGAUAAAAAGAAUUCAGGAAGAAAAUGCACAUCUCAAAAAUCAAAUUAGGCUUCUCAGAGAAAACUAUGAAUUACGCACAUUGUUGAGUCAGCAGUGUGAGAACAACAAUCAGUCCCAGUUCAUAGCACCUCAGAUUUCUCCUUCACAUCCUGAUACUAGUUCAUUAGUAAAAACAGGUAAGAAGCAUGGCAAAAAAGAUUAUAAUUAUUCUCCUCACAUCCUUUCCAAAGAGGCCAACAUGUCAUGUCCUAGCACCCAGACACCAAUUAAAUUGUUCCACACUGAUCCUGUUACUGUUCAAUCUAGAAAUGAAGAUAGGAAAUCUGCACACAUCUCAAAUAUACCAUAUUCUACCAUGCCUGGAAAACAGCGUGAAGAACCCACAGACAUAUCAAUAUUAAGGAAAUCUUGGGCUACAGAUGGUCCUUUCCCUGGUGGUGAUAAGGUUCAAACUUUUCCAUUUAGCGCUGCUCAUUACAAAACAGGAGGACUCCUGAAUCCAAAAGAGAAGCUCAAUUCCUCAACAAUGUGGCCAGAAGAAUCACCUUCCUCAAAGACACAUAAAGAGGAUGCCCAAGCACAGAUUGCAUUUUCUAAUGAUGUAAACAUCCCAAAAGGACGGAGUCCUGAGAGGCAGCCCUAUUGCUUAGUAGGUAAUGCUCCGGACACCAGCAUAGAGAAAACCCCGCUUGAAUCGCAAGAGAUGCCUCGGAAGAAGAGAGUCUGGUUCUCAGAUUCACCUGCUACAGACAAAUUAAGGAAGUUCCAUACGUUCUACCUGAAUGAUAUAGAAAUUGCUCAAAACAACAAGAAAAAUGGACGCAUCGUGGGAGAGAUUGCUUUCCAGUUAGACAGGCGUAUCCUUGCACAUGUGUUCCCUGGAAUCACACGGCUCUAUGGAUUCACAGUAUCUAAUAUACCUGAGAAAAUAAAGCAAGUUUCCACAAGAUCUUUAGAUGGCUCUCUAGAUGACAAAAAGUAUCGAGCUAUAACCCAGCGUUAUCAUAACCUAAUUACCCGCUUGGAGAAAAUGGGCUACCGCACAGAUGUCCACCCAGUGUUUAGUGAAUUUCUCAUCAACACCUAUGGCAUCCUGAAGCAAAGGCCUGACCUCAGCUCUAACCCCAUAAAUGACAAUCCUAAUGAUCUCAGGAAGAUGGUGAUAGACAUUGUCCCAGCUAAAUUCCUUGGCGAUACCUUACUGCUCUUGAACUGUUUGUGUGAACUUUCCAAAGAAGACAACAAGGCCCUUUUUGCCUGGUAG